UUGGAAGUGUUGCGAGAAAAAAAAGGUGCACGUAAACGGCGAAUGAAUAAGUGAAAAAUACGCGCUCUAACUUAAGAAUUAUCGCCAAACGAUGGAAACAACUUCAUCGGUAAUCGUUCUCGAUUCCGAUUCCGACGAUGGGGGAACUGCCGAGAAAAAUAGUUCUCAGUUGAAACGGAAAGCGAAAACCGCCACAAUUGCUGCACCAAAAAGCCCCGCCACAGUGCUGAACGAAAAUGGGAAACGCACGAUUACGACUAUUUCUGGAACGCAGGACGCCUCGUCUGAUAUUGUCCGGAAGCGUAUUAAACCCAUAACAAUCGCAACAAACGUUAACAACAAUAUGCCGGUGGGUGCUCCGGAAAAUUUUGCAUCCAUUACCUACUCCGAGGACUGGGAGCAGGACAUGAAGCAAUACCAGAAGGAGCUGGCUGUGAAAAGUUCUUCCUCGACGCUACCCCCGGCAACCCCAUCAAGCUCGCGUAGCAGUACAACGAAUGAUGAACUGGAUUCCAAUAGCCAGUGCGUUCCCGCUGAGAAUCGGCCCAUGUCGGACAAAUCAAAUGAGGAUGCACCACCAUCAAGGAACGGGGAACAUGUGCGGGAAAAAAAUCCAAUCGGAAAAGAAUUCCUCCAACUUCUCGACGCGUGCCGGAAGGCCGAUCCUUCGAAGGAAAUGGAAACGUUGAUCGAAAAGAAGCUUCUGAGGUACUACAAGGUUGUUCAUCCGGAUUACAUCAAUUCAAAAAGUUUCAUCAAAGCAGUCAAGCAGGUAACGGCCGACGUCCUCGCGCACCCGACAUUGGUGUUCCUCAAACUUUCCAGCAUAGUGGAGGAAUUGAACGUACGACGAAAAUCCGGCAUCCUGGCGUCUUCGCAGCCACCAGCAGCUUGCAAAGAUACUGCUCCGGUGGCUACCGAUAGUCCGAGUUCCGGUAGCACGAAAAAAGACCGACAAAUUGCAAAGCUGAACCGAACACUCUACUGUCUAACGAAGCGCAUCAAGCAGCUGGAGGAAGCGGAUGUUGACUUUAACCACGAAAUCAACUCUUCCUAUCUCAUGGCGGAACGGUACAAGAAGCGUGCUUUCGAAGUGUACGAAAAGAUUUGCGACAUAACAGGGGAAAGUAAAAACGCACAUCGGCUGGUUCGGAAACCGAUCCGUUUCGAGGGUACACCUUAUCCGGAGUUUAACCGGAUGCUUCAGUUGUUUGUCAAUCGGACAAACACAUUUCCCAACUUUCGAGAUGUGCUCAAGUGUUUGCAGCAUUGCAAUGGGAAGAAUGGAUACGGUUUACGUACGGACCAGAUGAAUCGAAUCGCGCAGGAUGCGUUCUACAAGGUUGGCAAACAGCUACAGAAACGCCGUAAAACCGAUCUCUACGAGACAGUAGUCUACCACGCGGGAGAGGAAAAAGAUCCAGCGCUCAUUGACCAUAGUUUGAAGAAAAAACUAGAGGAAAAUGGGAAAUACUACAGUAAAGUGAAUCAAAUCAUCGAAAAAUACGCUCAGCAUGAACGCAUGGCCCAGGAAGACACGAAUGUGGACGCGGAGGCGAUGAAAUCAUCGGAAUCCCAAAUUCCCACAGAAGGGGGCAGUGAUGCACCAUGCCAAAACGCACAAUCCAAGCCAUCCAGUAGCAGUAGCGGUAUGAAUACUCCAAGCGCCCCAGAAACAAGUGCCAGUUUAGCUACAACAAGUGGUAACAGUCAAGUAACUGGAGAAAGCCCCAAUUCAAGCGGAAUGGCAGAACAGAUCACCGACACCGACGACGAGGAUGACGAUGACGACGACGAAGAGGAUGAUGAUGAAGAGGAGGACGAAUUUGAAUCGACCACGAAAGAAAAUGUUCGACCCGACAACUUCGAGGACAUUAUCAUUUCGGACGAUGAGGAACUGAUCGUGCCAGAGUCUUAGCGUCUGCCUGCUAUCAUUGGCAGCGUUGUGUAAAUAUCAUCCUUUCUUGUUUUUCUUGUGAAUUUUCUUCGCAUUAACCAUUUUUGUUAAUUGUCAUUUCGAACAAGCAAUUCGAACCAAAGGUAGGUUCGCCUACUUGAUUCUCUUGGUUUCAUAUCCGUUCACCAUGUGAUUGCGGGAGCUGCUCGCUCCGGAUACGAUUUAGGUUAAAUAUGAUUUACCAUUUUUAAUUAGUCGGGUAUUGCAGUCAAUCACCGUUUUAACUGUGUUAAAAACCCCUUUCUCUUUUUGACAGAUAUUUGUCAGUGACUGAAAACAUAAAAGCUUUCCAAAGGUAUUUGGGUGCGUUGAACGAGCAAGGAAUCCAUUCGGAUUUCUACUUGCGCGUUCUUUGACGUAGGAGUAAAGAAUAAAAUUCAAGUGACAUAAUAUUUUUCACAAACAUAAACGGA